UAACCGUCACAUGGCUCGCCGACGUCAUGGUCAUGUGACCACGCCGUAAUCAAGGUCUUUCGAGAAAUAGGUGCCAAGGCGCGCCACGCGACUGGGGUCCUACCCGGGGGGAGAUGUAGCUGUAGCUGUCCGCAGCGUGCCUGAUCACAAGUUUUGCGGUGGACACUCUAUAGAGAUGGUGAUCCCUAGAGCCCGCUGUCUUCUGCUGGCUGUAAUGUUGGUUCCAUACUUUGGUUGCUCUCUGGCCAGAAGAGGGCAGGAUGUGCACUGUGGAGCUUGCCGGGCUCUUGUGGAGGAACUGGAGUGGGAGAUCUCACAGGUAGAUCCCAAGAAGACUAUUCAGAAAGGAUCCUUUAGAAUAAACCCUGACGGCUCCCAAUCUAUAAUAGAGGUGCCCUACGCCCGAACAGAAGCUCAUCUUAUGGAGCUGCUCGAACAGGUUUGUGAAAACAUGAAAGAUUACGGUGAGAAGAUAGACCCAGAAACACAUCGGAAAACCUACGUACGUGUCCUUUCUCGUGACGGCAAAAGAAUGGAUGCCUCAAACACCAACAUUGACAGAAAAGUGAUAUCCGAUUUGAAAUUUACAUGUGAACGCAUAGUUGAGGAAUACGAAGAUGAGCUAAUAGAAUUCUUCUCUCAUGAGAAAGAAAAUGUAAAGGACAAACUCUGCAGUAAACGGACAGAUCUGUGUGAUCAUGCUGUGCACAUACCACAUGAUGAACUUUGACCUGCUGCUUCUUCCUCUAAGAUGGUCCAUAAAAAAUCAUAAAAGAAGAAAAAAAUGGAAUGUGAAUGGGGACUUAGUGCAUCAUGUUUCUUAAAUAUUUUUUACAUUAAUAUAAAAACUAUUUGUCAACAUGUGCUGUA